AUGUGGCCCUGGCGACGUGCAGGCGUGUCCAAGACGUUGCUAUGCGUUUGUAUGUUGGCGAUGUUCGGCGUACUGUACCUACACAGACAGAUAAUGACGCGAGGCAUCCUACAAACAACAAGGUUAUACCUCGUGGUCACACAGUGGUCGAGGACUAACGCCAACCUUGGGUCAACGGAGGAACCCAGACGCUUCUUGUCGGAAGAGGAAAUUCUGCGAAAUCCAUUGGAUAUAGAUCUGAAGACAGUAACGGAUCCACUGUUGUCUCGGUUCUUCCUUCAUGGACAGACAACGUUUUCCUUAAACGACACGAUUCAGGUCAGAAUAGAAACAUACGACAGUUACGGAAUUAGACGAACUAGCGGCGGAGACUUCUUCCGGUUGUGGAUGGAAGAGCCCGGAUUAAGAGCCAACGUUUCCGGGGACGUCAUCGACCACAAUAACGGAAGUUACACCGGCAUUUUGAGAGCAUCGUGGGCUGGGACGCCAACCAUUUUCUGUUAUGUUGAAAAACGUAAGGAAGAAAUCGCUCUGAUUUACCGGAAAUAUCACCAAUAUGACACACUGUGGAAUGCGCACGCAGACUUCUUUAAUGGCGUCGCGGUGGAGUCAACACUAUGUUUCACACGGCCUAUGCCCCCAGCUGAGUACUGCAAUCUGACCGCGGACAACGGUGACCUGCCUUACUACUGUGUCCAGCCCUUGCAUCCAGACCUCAACUGUAGCAUGGUGGUCAGCGUGUGGUCAUAUCGGCGCCGGAUACCCUUGUCCCCAGCAGAGAAGCUUGUGUACGAUUUGUCGCUUGAUAAAGAAAAAGAUAUAUUCAGACAAAAUAUAUCGGUGAAUAUAUCCAGAGGCCCCGAAAACCAGAGCGCCCUUUCCUCGACGACCCCCUGCAAGGCCGUGUCAUCUAGCGACACCUGGCGGAAUGAAGCGCCCUCUGGAUUCUUUUACAAGGGCGCUUGGAUUCCCCGACUGUGCGCCAUGACAGUUCCCAUCACGGAACCCGCCUACAGCGCAUGUCUAAAGAACAGGAGUCUGUGGAUAUCCGGCGACUCGACGAGCAUGCAGAUCAUGACGGAGAUGAACAACGUCUUGAGGGUCGUUCCUGCCGUCACCCGCACCCAUGAGCCUAAAAUCAUUCGCCACCCGCAUUACAACUAUUCCAUCCACUGGAACGCUCACGAAUUUCCGUACUUUCCUGGACUUUUACACUACCCAAAGGCUUACAUCAAACCUGAAUCACAUCAUUUUGAUAAAAUCCCAAACGAUUCUCGGGAUAUCAUUGUGUUGUACCUAAACACACAUUUCAUCCUGGUCCAUCCCGAUGUUUUCAGACGUCACAUCAAAAAACUUGUCUCAAGAACCAGAGCUCUCACACAACGGGCGCCCAAUGUUGUUAUAGCAGUAAGAGGACCCCAUGCCUAUUACAAACAAAUGUAUCAAGAAAUGUAUUCCUACUGGGGUCUUGUAUUCCGAGAUAUACUCCACGAAGAGUUCCGUCCCUUGUAUGACAGAGUUAUCUUCCUUGACUUUUGGGAUAUGUCAGUAGCGCUCGGCCUGCCCGACUUCCACCCCUCGCCUGCGAUUGUACGGACCAUGACGCAGAGCAUGAUGGGAUACAUAUGUCGCGGCUGAUAUAGUCUUUGCUGUGGAUCUUCUACCCCUCAGAGAGCAUCUGCGGUGUCAUGGCGGUCAUUUAACUAUCAUUUAACUAACCUCCGGGAAUAUUGCAAUAAUUACAUAUAUUAUGUGAUGGAUCUGUAAGUGACACUGCCCCCAAGUAAGUGAAGUCAUUGGGUUCCCUCAAACGCAAAUUGCAAAUGUUUGAUAUUUUACGUUACGGAGACAUCUAGGAUGGACCGCAUUAAAUAGUGAAGCGGAUCCUGGCUAAAGACACUGGACAAGUAUACUCCUCUUAAAGAAUUUAGGCAACAAAAACUC